AUGCCCUCACCUCCGAAGCAGGAAGAGGAGGAGCAGGACGAGCUGGCGAUUGAUGGUGGCAGCACAAAUGCGUGGCACUGGGCAGACUCCGAUGCAGAGGUACCAGACGAAGAGCUCCCAACUCCACCCAGGAUUCCACAAAGGUUGAGACUUUCUGUGAUCCUACUGGGCAACGACGGCAAUGCUAUCGACAAGGAGAUCGCCGGCUAUCGCCCGCCUUCACCCAAAUUGGAUGAAGUGGCCGACUUCUUGUGGGAUUUGGAAGUUGCCGACGAGGACUUGCACACUUCGACAAAUUUGAGAUGGGAUAUUUAG